GCCUGAGUCCGCGCACACUCCGUGCUGGCCGGACCCGCUUCUUUAAAACACCGGGAUGCAGAGGUCAGGGCGUGCACCUCCGAGGUCAGGUCCCUACCGGAGCCCAGCGAGCCCCAGCUCCACCCCACUCCCCGCGCUCCGACCGAGCGCGUCCAGCAGCCUCUGGAGGGGAGGGGCGGGUCUUACCGAGCGUGACGCACGGCGCGGAGAGCCCACACUUACCGGAGGGGCGGGGCGCAUGCGUCAUCCGCGCCGGAGAUUGACGUAGGGGGCGGGGCUCGCCGGAGCGUCCGGGAGAGGCGGACUGGGGGGCGGCGGGCGGCCGGGCUAUGGACCGCUACGCGGGCGCCGGGGACGAGGCUGCGGACCGGGCCCGGCAGCAGGAGCGGCACUACCAGCUGCUGUCAGCGCUGCAGAGCCUGGUCAAGGAACUGCCCAGCUCCUUUCAGCAGCGCCUGUCCUACACCACGCUCAGCGACUUGGCCCUGGCACUGCUGGACGGCACUGUGUUCGAGAUCGUGCAGGGGCUUCUGGAGAUCCAGCACCUCACCGAGAAGAGCCUGUAUAACCAGCGACUGCGGCUGCAGAACGAACACCGAGUGCUCAGGCAGGCUCUGAGGCAGAAGCAUCUGGAAGCCCAGCAGACCUGCCGGCCCCACAACUUGCCAGUUCUCCAGACAGCUCAGCAGUGCGAGCUGGAGCAGGAGCCACCCUCACUCAAGACAUGGCAGGCCAUGGAGCAUCGAAUCCGGGAGGAGCAGCAGGCCAUGGACCGCAAGAUUGUCCUGGAACUGGACCGGAAGGUUGCUGACCAGCAGAGCACACUGGAGAAGGCAGGGGUAGCUGGUUUCUACGUGACCACGAAUCCUCAGGAGCUGACGCUGCAGAUGAACCUGUUGGAACUCAUCAGGAAGCUGCAGCAGAGGGACUGCCAGGUGGGGAAGGCAGCCCUGUGACCAGGAGGGCCCUGCUGUCCUCCACUGCCU